GCUGGAACUGUCCAGUGCUGAUGCUCUUCAAAGGUGCACUCGGCUUUAGCUCCUAACAGCUGCAGCCAACGACAACAAAAUUACACUAAUUUUAAAAGAUUAUGCGAUAUGUUACGUGCUAUUUAAAACGGUGCCCAGGAGUUUAAUUUAUCUGGGGUUUUGUUUUCAGUUUCAUAUCUUCUUUCUUCUAACCAAUGGGAACGGAUCGUACUGGCUGAACGUUCGGCUGGCAAGCGUCGAGACAUUUUGAUUGUUUGAUUGAUGCAUUCCUCUGCAGACUGCGGGGUGCAUGACCAGAUCUGCUGACCGGAGAGAAAGUUUCCUUGGAUAAAAUCAUACACGAUGGUGGAUGCGGCUGAAUGUUGUGUAAAGGUGAUGUGCCGAUUCAGGCCACUUAACGAAUCGGAAAUCACUAGAGGUGACAAAUACAUACCGAAAUUCAAAAGAGAAGACACCGUGGUGAUAUCGGGCAAGCCGUAUAUCUUUGACCGAGUCUUUCCUCCGAACACAACACAGGAACAAGUUUAUGAUACCUGUGCCAAACAGAUUGUUAAAGAUGUGCUGGAUGGAUAUAAUGGGACAAUCUUUGCAUAUGGGCAAACCUCAUCAGGGAAGACACACACUAUGGAGGGACAGCUCCAUAACUCACAGCUGAAGGGCAUCAUCCCUCGCAUCGCCCAGGACAUCUUUGACCACAUCUACUCUAUGGAUGAGAACCUGGAGUUCCAUAUCAAGGUCUCUUAUUUUGAAAUCUACCUGGACAAAAUCAGAGACUUGCUUGAUGUUUCCAAAACCAACCUGGCUGUCCAUGAGGAUAAGAACAGGGUGCCAUUUGUCAAGGGUUGUACAGAGCGUUUUGUGUCCAGUCCAGAGGAUGUCAUGGAUGUGAUUGAUGAGGGUAAAUCCAAUCGUCAUGUGGCUGUUACAAACAUGAAUGAGCACAGCUCCCGCAGUCACAGCAUUUUCCUCAUUAAUAUUAAGCAGGAGAAUGUGGAGACAGAGAAGAAAUUGAGCGGAAAACUCUACCUAGUGGAUCUUGCAGGAAGUGAAAAGGUCAGUAAAACUGGAGCAGAAGGAUCUGUAUUGGACGAGGCUAAAAAUAUUAACAAGUCUCUCUCUGCUCUGGGGAAUGUCAUCUCAGCCCUGGCUGAAGGAACCAAAACCCAUGUGCCAUACAGAGACAGUAAAAUGACCAGGAUCCUGCAGGACUCUUUGGGUGGGAACUGCAGAACAACCAUCGUAAUCUGUGCCUCUCCCUCUGUAUUCAAUGAGGCUGAGACCAAAUCCACACUCAUGUUUGGCCAACGGGCCAAAACCAUCAAAAACACAGUUUCUGUGAACAUGGAGCUCACAGCCGAGGAAUGGAAGAAGAAAUAUGAGAAAGAGAAAGAGAAGACCAGAAGUCUAAAAAUCAUCAUCCAGAGGCUAGAAAAUGAGCUCAAACGAUGGCAGAAAGGUGAGGCUGUACCUGUUAAUGAGCAGCACAGCAGUAAGGAAGUAAAGAAUUCUGAAGCCGCUCCCAUAAUUGACACUUCGGCUCCGCCCCCUGAGCCUCUUUCUGAUUCAGAGAAAACCCAGUAUGAGGAGCUGAUCAAUGACCUGUAUCAGCAACUAGACGACAAGGAUGAUGAGAUCAACCAGCACAGUCAGCUGGCAGAGAACCUGAAGCAGCAGAUGGUGGAUCAGGAUGAGUUAUUGGCAUCCACACGGCGUGACUAUGAGAAGAUCCAGGAAGAUCUAAACCGUUUGCAGCAUGAGAACGAAGCAGCUAAAGAGGAGGUGAAGGAGGUGCUCCAGGCCUUGGAGGAGCUAGCAGUGAACUACGACCAGAAAAGCCAUGAGGUGGAGGAGAGAAGCAAGACAAACCAACAGCUCACAGAAGAGCUUAUGCAGAAGACUGCAGCUCUGGCUGGUGUGGAGAGGGAUCUGUCUGCCCUGCAGGAGCUCAGUCGACAUCACAAGAAGAGAUCAGCAGAGAUCCUCAGUCUCUUGCUCCGGGACCUCAAUGAGAUUGGCAGCGUGAUUGCCUUGAAUGACCACAAGAUGACAGAGAUGACCGGAGGAAUGGAGGAGGAAUUCACCUUGGCACGGCUCUUCAUCAGUAAGAUGAAGUCAGAAGUGAAGUCUCUGGCCAACCGCAGUAAACAGCUUGAGAGCACACAGGCCGACACAAUGCGUAAAAUGCAGGCCAACGAGAAAGAGCUCUCUUCCUGCCAGCUCCUGAUCUCUCAGCAUCAAGCAAAGAUCAAAUCCCUCACCGACUACAUGCAGAACAUGGAACAGAAGAAAAGACAGCUGGAGGAAAGCCACGACUCUCUGAUGGAGGAGCUCGCUAAACUCCAUGCGCAAGAAAAGAUGCAUGAGGUGUCAGUCCUGGAUAAGGAAAAGGAACACAUGAACAGGAUACAGGACGCUGAGGAGAUGAAGAAAGCCCUGGAACAGCAGAUGGAAAGCCACAGAGAAGCUCAUCAGAAGCAGCUCUCACGUCUGCGAGAUGAGAUAGAAGAGAAACAGAGGAUCUUGGAUGAGCUGAAGGAUGUGAACCAGGCUCUUCAACUUGAACAGAAGCAGUUCAUGUCUGACUAUGAAAAGCUGAAACAGGAGGAACAGAAGAAGGACGAGAGGCUGCAGAAGCUUCUCUUGCUGAAUGAGAAGAGGGAGCAAGCUCAAGAAGAUCUCAAGGGUCUGGAAGAGACUGUGGCUAAAGAGCUCCAGACUCUCCACAACCUCCGUGUCCUGUUCAUCCAGGACAUCAAUAAUCGCAUUGGACGAAGUGCAGAGUUGGACACUGAUGAAUCAGGGGGAAGUCUGGCACAAAAACAGAAAAUAAUUUUCCUCGAGAACAACCUGGAGCAGCUCACUAAAGUCCACAAGCAGCUGGUAUGUGAUAAUGCAGACUUAAGAUGUGAGCUGCCCAAACUGGAAAAGCGCUUGCGUGCAACUGCUGAGCGAGUGAAGAUCCUGGAGUCUGCUCUGAGAGAGGCCAAAGAAAGCGCCAUGAGAGACCGUAAGAAGUACCAACAGGAGGUCGACCGCAUCAAAGAGGUCAUCCGAGCCAAGAACCAGGCCAGGAUGAAACACACCGCACAGAUAGCUAAGCCUAUUCGUGCUGGACAUCAUCACUCAGUGGCUUCUGCCUCGCCGGGCCACAGCGUCAGAGGGGGCGUCCCAAGCCCACGACGACACCACCAGCACCAACCGCAGCACCAUCACAGGAGCAAGUGAAAAACACACCACGUAGGGGACAUAAAAAGAGCGGUCUGAUACCAGUCUGCACAUUCUUUCCUUUCCAGCUAUGUGUGGCAACAAGAAGAUGUCUUUUUCCAAUGCAGUCCAUUCUAUUCGGUGAGGGGGAAUAAAGAACUGCAGUCAUCUUAUACUAAGACUUUUCAAGUUCACUUCUUGUCCUUACUAUGACCUCCAUGCAUUCAUCCUGUUUAAGUGGAGAUUUGUGGACUCAUCUAUGAAUAAACAAACCCAGACCCACAAACUAAGACUAAAAGAAAGCUAUUUCAUAGCAACUUUUUUUCUAGGCUUCUUUUUGCCCCGAGUCAUUUUGUAUUUGAAGUCUUCUGUGUUUCUAUCACAUUCUGAUUACAGUAAUUCAGCUCGUCUGUCAUUACACAUGCCAGGUUAGUUUCCAUAGUAGGAUGGCUGGAAGGAUAAAAAGUUGUCACUAGAAGUUUUUACACCCUUAGGAGUAACAUUAAGAGCUUUCCGUGGUUCUUUUAAUUGGCACUAAUUCCUUCAGUCUUAAUGGCCACUGAGAACAUGCAGUGACAUGACUUAGGAAUGUAGCUUAGGAACACACACAUUGCUUCAAGCUUAAUCCAUCCCAGUUUAUAACAACUGAUAAUGCUGUUGCUGGAUGUUAAUUUUUAUAUGCAUUUAUUUAUUUAUUUUUAUGUUAGGUAUUGGAAUUGAGUUUAUUUUAUUUGCAUAUUGUCUUUUGUAUAUUAUUUUUGAGUUCCUCACAGUAGAUCCAGGUUGUCAUGUGUAGACGUUGUUAUGCAGAUAUAAGUGCUUUGAAAAUUUUAGUCACUGUUAUUUAUACAGUAAGGUGCUCUGGAGCAAACAACAACUGUAAAAUAUCAGUAUUGAUACCACAUUAGUGGGAAAAUCAGGAAUCAUUUCUAUGUCCUAUAUUCCUGUUAUUAAACUGACCUGUUUUGAAGGGCAUGAGAUGCAAUCAUUUAAAGAAAGCCAAAGUCAGAUAGAUGACAGCUUCACAUAUAAAAAGAUCAGAUAAGUUAAAGAACGCAGAUGUGGAGAGAUUUUACAGCUGAUUGUUCUUAUUUUUGCUUAUUUUCAUAUAAUUAUUUAUUAUUCUUGAUAUCAUUAUAAUAUGACAGCUUCACAUAUGAAAAGAUCAGACAAGUUAAAGAACGCAAAUGUGGAGAGCUUUUACAGCUGAUUGUUCUUACAAACUCCAAGGAAGAGAUAUCAUAGAUUUUUUAAAGAAUCAAAAAUGUUUCAUCAGGUAAAAUAUGAUACCAUGUCAUAGCUAUUUACAAUCUUGUGCUAAUACAAAAAUGUUGCCUACUAACUUGUCUGGUGUUAAUUGUCUUCGGUCUAUACUUCUACGUCUAUACUUAGCAUUGUUUUUUGUUAUCAGCUGUAAUGAAGUGACAUCAGUACAUGAAAAUGUUAAUAUGGUGAAAACAAAUUCUUAAUCAGUUUAAUGUAAAGACUGAUCAGCUCCAUGAUAAGUAAUGUGAACACUUGCUUGCACUCUCUUGUUGGAUGUUGUGAUUUGAGGAAGAAAAACACAAAUAUAUUCCCAGAAAUUCAAGUUAGUUUCUAUUUGAGAACCUACCCUAUCAAAAGAACUUCCUCCAUCACUGAAAUAAUUAGUUUUUCCUAUUUAAAAGAUCAUCUAAUGUAAAGCAUACAAACCACAUAACCUAACAAGGUCUAGUGUUCUUGUAUCUGUCCUUGUACUGUUUUGUCCAUGUAGGCUACAGCUCUAUUGUGGUGAUCACUGUACUGCACACAGAGACCUCUUCAGAUCGAGUUUGUCUUCAGGUUCUUGUUAAUCAGUGUUUCUAAAUUUUCUGAAAUGUGCUAUAACUUUACCUCAGCAGCUUAUGGAGCAUUUGAUAAUGAGAUAUUAAAGAGCAUGAAAUGAAGUGCCACAGCAAAGAUAUGAAAAGGUUUGUAAUGUUUGUUUGUUUCGAGAUCAUGCUUAAAGCACACGUGAUAUGGAUAACAGGGAUUUGCCUACAGAGUGUGACACUCAUUUAUCAGAUGUUGAAGUGGAAUAAAUAAAAGUUUACUAAA